AAACUCGAAUAUGAUCUGGUUCUCCUUGCUAUACAAAACACAGAGAUCCUCGGUUAAUUUCUAAACCAGAAAUCCCAGACAAGUUGUGUAAUUACAUAAACACCCUUCUGAAAAAUUUGGUGGGAAACUUUUCAAUUUUUUUGUUUUUGUUUUUGUCAUAGCUGCUUUCUUCCAUAAAGCUGGCUCACCGGUGCACAACAAAGCAGAACAAACAUUUAUAAACAGAGGAGGAAUACGUAAGGAGAGAGUUGUGCAGAGAGUAGUAAUUUUUGGCUAUUCUCCGUAACUUUGUUCACAACAUAGGGGAGAAAAUAAACGAAAGUAGGUACAUUGGUCGCAGAUACAAGGAUCUUGGAACGGAAACUCAUGUAUAAAUAACUGAAAAAAGAGAAAAACUUUGAUUUUGAUAACAAAGUAAGAGAACAAGGACAAGAGACGCGAUCUUUAAAUUGUGUCCGAGAAGACAAAAAUGAAUGAAGAAGAAGAAGAAAAAAGCAUGAGCUCUGCUUUUGCUUAUCAAAACCUCCACAGGCGCAUGUUAGCUAAAACCACAGUAAUAUGCACCUUCGUUCACGUUCUCUCUCUCAAAAAUUGUCUCACCCAGAAAAAAAAAACAAUUCUUCUCAGUUUUGUUAUCCAGAUCAUAAGAAAGGACUCAUUUUUCUUAAUAAAAAUUUGGACUUUCUGAAAAUUGAAGAUAGAGAUAGAGCGAGAGAAGUUAGCAACAGAUCUCUCUCUCUCUCUCUGUCUGUUCAUUCGUGUCACCAAACGUCUCUUCUUCUCUCCGUAAAACUGCAAGUUUGUGACUUUCCUUGUCAGAUAAGACCUGUAUACGAUUUCCAGUAGUGGGUCAGAGAAGACGAUCGACUUUCUCUUGAUUCUCACUUGACAAGUUAGGGUUCGCGGAACGAUUGGGGGAACCUGUAUGGGCCUCACUUGUUGAUUCUGAGAAUUUGCAGGAGAAGAAGAAGAAGGAAGAUGAUUAUUAAACGGGAACUUAAAUCCCAGAUGAUACCGAGUUUGAAACGGUGCAGACUCAGUAACUCGGUGAGUGGCUCCAGGAAGUCGAGCUUGGGAGGUUACUACUUCCCUCUCAGCCUUCUCGGAGAAAUCUCCUCCGGGAUCGUUCCGGGCGGAGGACGGAAUGUAUUCUCUGCUCCGCGUUCUCACUCACCGUCCACUGCGACGGAGGCUCCCCGUCCACCGCUUCCUCGGACAUCUAGAGGGAGAAUCCGUACGCUUCCUUCUCGCUUCAAAGAUUCUGUGCUCGAUAACUGGAGGAAAGAUGGCAAGAACGUCAGCGAGGGUGAAGUUGAACGCUGCAGGAAGGAGAAAGCUACUAGUUUGAAAAGCAAGCAACUUGAGGAGGCCCGUGCUUGUGUUGUUGACAGAGAGAGGGAAGACGAAAGGGUUGGUUCUUAUGGGCCUGAGAACUUUUAUUCAGGUGACUUGGUUUGGGCUAAACCUGGAAGAGUUGAGCCGUUUUGGCCAGCCAUUGUUAUUGAUCCCUUGACACAAGCGCCAGAGCUUGUCUUGCGUUCGUGUGUACCUGAUUCAGCCUGCGUUGUCUUCUUUGGUCACUCUGGGAACGAUAAUGAAAGGGAUUAUGCAUGGGUGAGGAGAGGGAUGAUCUUCCCUUUCAUGGAUUAUGUUGCCAGGUUCCAGGAACAACAGGGAUGCAACCCUGUGAGAUUUCAGAUGGCUUUAGAGGAAGCAUUUUUGGCAGAUCAAGGAUUCAUGGAGAAGUUGAUGCAUGAUAUUCACACGGCUGCUGGUAACUCGAGUUUUGACGAUUCUUUCCACAGAUGGAGUCAGGAUCUCAAUAACAAUGCUCCAAGCGAGGAGUUGAUGAAAUACGGAAAUCUACUAGCCUGUGUAGGAUGUGAAACAGCAUUUUCUUAUGAGAUGGCCAAAAAACUGAAGGCUCUGAUUCCCGGAGAUCAAUUGUUGUGUAAACCAUGUUCAAGGUUGACUAAAUCAAAACACACUUGUGGUAUAUGCAAGAAGAUAAGUAAUCAUUUGGACAGGCAAACAUGGGUGAAAUGUGAUGGUUGUAAAGUUUGGGUACACGCAGAGUGUGACAAAACAUCAGAUAAACAUUUGAAGGGUUUGGGAGAAACAGAUUACUACUGUCCUACUUGCAGAGCUAAAUUCAACUUUGAGCUAUCAGAUUCAGAAAAACCAGACUCAAAGUCAAAACUUGGCAAAGGCGAUGGUGGGAUGGUUCUUCCUGACAAGGUGAUUGUGGUAUGCUCUGGAGUUGAAGGAAUCUAUUUCCCAAGUCUCCAUCUAGUCGUAUGUAAGUGUGGCUCAUGUGGUCCUCAAAAGAAACAACUUAGUGAAUGGGAAAAGCAUACCGGAUCCAAAGUAAGAAAUUGGAAGACGAGUGUGAAAGUCGAAAGCUCAAAGCUGCCGCUAGAAGAAUGGAUGAUGAAAUUAGGCGAGUUACAUGCAAAUGCUACAGCAGCUAAUGUUCCUAAACGACCUUCCAUAAAGCAGAGAAAGCAGAAGUUGCGUGCUUUUCUGUCAGAGAGGUAUGAACCGGUCAAUGCGAAAUGGACAACAGAACGAUGUGCAGUUUGUAGAUGGGUUGAAGACUGGGACUACAACAAGAUUAUUAUCUGCAACAGAUGCCAAAUAGCAGUGCAUCAAGAAUGCUAUGGGGCUAGAAAUAUUCAUGAUUUCACCUCAUGGGUCUGUACAGCAUGCCAGAAGCCAAGUAUUAAGCGGGAUUGCUGCCUCUGCCCUGUAAAAGGAGGUGCACUAAAGCCAACGGAUGUGGAAACAUUGUGGGUUCAUGUGACGUGUGCUUGGUUUCAGCCUGAAGUAUGUUUUGCAAGUGAUGAAAAAAUGGAACCAGCUGUUGGUAUUUUGAGUAUUCCAUCUAGUAAUUUUGUCAAGAUAUGCGUGAUAUGCAAACAAAUACACGGCUCGUGCACUCAGUGUUGCAAGUGUUCUACGUAUUACCACGCCAUGUGUGCCUCUCGAGCUCGUUACAGAAUGGAGUUGCACAGCUUGGAAAAAAAUGGUCGACAGAUAACAAAGAUGCUGUCCUACUGUGCUUAUCACAGGGCUCCAGAUCCAGAUACUGUGUUAAUUAUGCAAACUUCUAAAGAGGCCUUCUCUGCAAAAAGUCUUGUCCAAAACAAGAAGAGUGGCAGUUCCCGGCUUAUAACAUCAAUCAGAAGGGACCAUAAAGAACCACCCGCAGAGGAUACCGUUACAUGUGAUGAUCCGUUUUCUGCUGCUCGUUGUCGAGUAUAUAGAAGAAAUAUCAAUACCAAGAAGAGGAGUGAAGAAGAAGCUAUCCCGAACCACACAAGGGGACCAAGCCAUCAUCCAGCAGAAGCAAUCCGAACUCUAAACGCUUUCAGGCAUGUCCCGGAGGAACCCAAAUCGUUUUCAUCUUUCAGGGAACGACUUCGCCACUUGCAGAGGACAGAAAUGGAUAGGGUCUGCUUUGGGAGAUCUGGAAUACAUGGAUGGGGUCUUUUCGCUAAAAGAAUUAUCCAAGAUGGAGAAAUGGUUAUUGAAUACAGAGGGGAACAAGUGAGAGGUAGCAUUGCAGAUUUGAGAGAAGCAGGGUACCGCAGAGAAGGGAAGGAUUGCUACCUGUUCAAGAUCAGUGAGGAAGUAGUGGUUGAUGCUACAGAUAAAGGGAAUAUAGCUCGGCUGAUCAACCAUUCGUGUACGCCAAAUUGCUAUGCAAGGAUAAUGAGCGUAGGAGAUGGGGAAAGCAGGAUUGUUCUGAUCGCCAAGGCCAAUGUAGCUGUGGGAGAGGAGUUAACGUAUGAUUACUUAUUUGAUCCAGACGAGCCAGAGGAAUCCAAGGUGGCAUGCCUAUGUAAAGCCCCCAACUGCAGGAAAUUCAUGAAUUAGAUUAGAUAAGGUGCACAUGAUACAACAUGAAGAAGAAGAAGAAGAAGAUAAAGCCAAGCAAUAUUCUCCUUUUUUUUUGCUCAAGAAACGAUAGAGUUAUUGCUAAUAAGUGACCCAACUAUUUAUCUCUUUUAUGGCUCUCUGUACAGAUAACUUGUUAGUUUCAGGAAGAAUCCAAUUUUAUUUA